UACGGCACGACGACACGAGGGCCGUCCGCGUUGCUUGGACAAUGGCUGGUCUGCAGGAACCUCGGCGAGUGACGGAGCUGUCCAAUGAGCUCACUAGAGACAUCGACACCGCAGAUCCCUUGGUAUAAAGCAUGUCCCGCUCCGAUAGUGGGCGGGGCUGAUUCCCUCCGUCGUCUUCGCAGGGAAUCGUCCGGCGAUUGUGCGGCAGCGAUGCCCAGUUGUUCGCCGGCUGGGGAGGCCACCCCGGAGUCAACGAUCCUGUCAUUCUCGACAGACUCUGGAAAUUGUCGCUGAAAACUGCAGCACUUCUCAAGGAGAACCAAGAUCAGAAGAAAAAUAAUAGAAUUGUGUUCAGUGGCUGUGGAACCAGUGGAAGAAUAGUGAGUGAGGUCACUCUCAGAAUGAACCUCAGAAUAAAGGACAAAAAGACCCUCUGAAUAAAGGACACAUCUCUAUGAAAGACACUGUGUUUCUACCCCAUACUAUUCAUUAGCUUGAGAUGUUCCUUUUUUACUGUAUUGUGUGUGAAUGGUAAAUGCUAGGCUUGGCUGUGCAGUUGGACCUACAACAGGAUAUUGCAAAAAUUUGGCCACACCCCAUGUUUCCACUACCUUAUCGCCGGCGGAGACCGAUCACUGAUAAUCAGUAACGAACUUCCCGAGGACGAUCCUCCGAAAGGAGCUGAGGAUUUGAAGAAAGUUGCUGAGGGGGCUGAUCAUGUCAUGUUUGUGGGGAUUACUUGUGGUCUGUCUGCACCGUACGUUGCUGGCCAAAUAGAUCACUCCAUGCACCAGCCCAACAUGACGUCAGUUUUGAUGGGGUUCAACCCAGUCUCCCUCUCCCGUAACGCUCCCAUUGAGAAGUGGGACAAAACAUGUCGGCAGGUCUUUCUAGAGCUGGAGACUCUCUCAUGUACCUCAGACAGUGCCUUCAUCAUCAACCCUAUCGUUGGCCCGGAACCCAUCACUGGCUCCAGUCGGAUGAAGGGGGGCUCUACAACGGCAGUUCUACUGGGGACUGUGUUCCUAACGUCGCUCCAGACUUUACUUGGCCAACCCAUCCUGCCUUCAAUGACACUGCCAGCUCGAGAACCAGAGGAGACGGAAGUGGUGUUUGACCACUCUCUCUCUCCGUCUCUCUCGCCCAUGGUUUCCCUCCUGGACUGCUACUCGCAGACCUAUCAGACUGUCUACAGACACUCUGGUGGAGUGGCGAGUCUGUUGAAGCUGGCAGCAUCGUGCAUUUGUCAGCCGUCUGGCAGGCUCAUCUACCUGGGAGCUGACACACUCGGAGCCCUGGGGCUGGUGGAUGCGUCAGAGAUGGUUCCCACAUACGGAGUGGGUCUGGAGGAGUUCCGAGGGUUCGUGGCGGGAGGAUGGGAAGGCUGUGGAAACACUGAAGGAGAUUUGAGUGGAUACGGGAAGACAUUUCGAGUGUCCCUAUCUCAGUUUGAGAGCGACGUCCUGCCCUCCCUCACCGACCAGGACUGUGUCCUCUGUCUCCAUGGCUCCAGUCAGAGAACUGGGCCACCCCACCUUCACACCAUCGUGAACAAAGUGCUAGCCAGUCCUGCAAAGUGUGGCCUUCUAGUGAUGGCUGAGAAUGGCAUGUCCUGUAAUCAUCUUCUGGAUAAAAGGUAUGAGACUGCUGUGCUCAUUAGGCUCCCUUACUAUCACGCUUUCGGCAAAGAGUGUGUGUUUGCUGGGUUUGCACUGAAACUGGUUCUGAAUGCAAUCAGCACAGGAGCCAAUAUUCUGAAGGGGCGAGUGUACGGGAAUGAAAUGAUAAACCUCAGACUCUCCAAUGACAAGUUGUUUGAGCGUGCCAUCGCCAUCAUCGAGAAAUGGAGUGGGGCGAACGAGGAAGACGCAAAGUUCGCACUUCUCAGAGCAAUCUACAAACAAGACGACGCGGCUAAUUUCCAAUAUCGUCCAAUAUCAUCCCACAUCACAGAGGCAUCCUCUCAGAACAUGGUUGUUCCACUGGCUCUGCUACUGGCAGGAGGUCGGAGUUCAGUCAGUUAUAGCAGCAGAGAGAAAGCUGCUCCAGUCUGCCAAAGGUCUCAGGGAUGUCAUAUCAACGGAGAUCGCCCCAACCCAUGGCCACUAGGCCACUAUAUACCCAUCUACCUAACUACCACUAGGCCUAAUACUUUGUCAUUAUAGGCACGCAUGUUUGCUCACAGGUCAUUUUUUGCUUGUUCCAUUGGCUGAACAACUUUGUACAAGAUUUUUUACAAAAUAAAAAUUUGCUCAAUUUUUCUCUUCUUGCUCCGAAGUUCAAAAUCUGGAGAAGCAUCUUUCACUGGAAGUGUUCGUUUAACGAUGCCGCCUCUACUAGGGACCUCCCCCUCCCUCUCCUCUUGCAUGUCCAUCACAGACUCAUCGACUGGUUCUUGUGUAUCUUCUUCUCUGUCUUCUACCAGCGGCCCUUGGUUCCUUAGCUCCACCACCUCCUCCUGGUCAGUGGGUCCAUCAACAACAGUAGGUCCGACUCUUGGCGAGGCAGACGAAGAACAUGUGACAGUCACAUGACCUAGAGGACCGAGAGAGCUGAGUGGGUUGGAGGAGGGCAGCUCAAUAUGGAGUCUCAGUCCAGAGCCAGUUCCUUGCUGGGUGGCAGGCAAGGGGAGAGAGGUCGAGCCUGUAGUCUGGAGGGUUUGGGUGAGUUUGGAGACGGUGGACAGAGCCUCGCGGGCUGACAUUGCCUUCCACUUCUCAUAGUCCUCCAGAGACUGUCUUGCCUUGCUGUGAUGCCUCUCCAACUCUCUACUGGGUCUCAAUGGAGCUGUGUAAACUGCCGGUAUGUGUGUGGAUAUCCUUCAACAGUAGGUCUCUCUGUUUCCGCAGCGCCGCCUCAAGACCGGCAAAGUAUUCCUCCACCAUCUUGGCAGAGGUGAGACCCUGUGUCCUCACAGCUUCUCCCUCGUCACUCAUCAACUGUAGCCUUCUCUCUGCCUCCGCAACCCGUCCCUGCGCUCUCAUCCUCAACGGACGCAGCUCGUCUCUAACUGUCUGUUUUGCCUCGUUCACCAGCUGGCAGUGGUGACCCGCAUGCUCUCCGUGGUAGGCACAGUAUAUACACACCAAAGUCUUGUCACGGAAACAGUAGUAGUUCCGAUCGUGUUGAUGAAUGGGGCAGAAGUGUUUGGCCUUGGAGAGUACACUUGUGACCAGCUGGGCGACGGAGAGGUUGGGAAACCAUGGUCUAGACGAGCCUGUUGCAUCCACAGAGUGCUCCUGGGUACAUGUCGGGCAGGUCAGUUUGUGCCUCCCUCCCUCCCCUUUCAGCAGUAGCCUCUCCAGACAACCCAAACAGAAGGAGUGUCCACAGAGGAGGGUGUUUGGACUCCGCUGCCCCUCGGCCUCAUAUUGCUCGUUACAGUGGGGGCAGGAGAGGAACGAGGCCAUCUCUGGAGGAAGAAUGGAGGUCGAGGAAGGCGUCAGUUGAGAGCUGGUCUCCGUCAUGGAGUCUUGGGACGACAGCUGGGAGAGAGGGGGGAAUAGUGACGUGGGGAUUUGGGUGACCCGUGAGCUGCCAGCACAUGACGACAGGGAGCUGCUGGUGCGACAGAGAGACGAAGAGGCGUGGCUCUGU